ACACAUGCUAAAUAGUUGUCAAAUUUUUUCCUGACGAACUAGAAAUCUUCUAGUUGAUUUCUAUUUUCGAUUUAAUUAAACUUUAAAUUAAAAUUAAAUAUGUGGUCCGAUACUUUAUUGAUUGUUUUUAUAUCAAUAUGCACAGCAUUUCUCGGAGAAGGUCUCACAUGGGUGCUCGUUUAUCGGACGGAAAAAUAUAUCAAAUUGAAGGGUGAAGUUGAAAAGCAAAGUAAAAAAUUGGAAAGACGAAAAGAAAUUCAUGGUGAUUCACUUGAUAAAUCGCACAAAAAGAAAAUCGAGCGCGAUGAGGAAAAAUUGAAAAAUAAUAACAGAGAUUUGUCGUUGGUUAAAAUGAAGUCAAUGUUCGCAACUGGAUUUGCAUUUACAGCAUUAUUGAGCAUGUUUAAUAGCAUAUUUGAUGGUCGUGUUGUAGCCCGUUUACCAUUUAUUCCAAUUUCUUGGAUUCAAGGACUUAGCCAUAGAAAUUUAUCAGGAGAUGAUUAUACGGAAUGUUCCUUCAUUUUCCUUUACAUUCUUUGCACAAUGUCUAUUAGACAAAAUACCCAAAAGUUGUUGGGAUUCGCACCAUCUCGAGCAGCCAGUAAACAAGGAGGCAGUCUUUUUGGCCCAGCUCCGGGUCAAUUUAAAUAAAUAAAUUUGUAUAUAAUUUGCUAUAAGAAAAAUUCUUAUUAAGUUUAAAAAUAUACUUUUUUUGAAUUUA